UCAAUUGUUUCGGAAGUAAAAAUUAAAAGCCGACAAACGGAUCAAGAGAAACGUAGCUGUUUGUCUUUUCUCUAUUUUCAUCUCCAUGCGGACGAACUACGUAACUUCUGCUCUAUUUUGCCUUGGCUUCACGUGUCAUGGAAGUACAGGACUGAGUUAACUCAGUUGGUUCGAGCUAGUCUGACAGCUCUAGAGGAGACAACAGGUACAACUACAGUUCCGAUUAGAAAACGAUAUUAAAUAUUGACUAUGGGAAAUAAGUAUCUGUACCUGCCCUGACGAUCGAGCGAUUGAUCUUUUGGCUGUUGCUGCUGGCGCGGAAGGAUUAAGUAAACGUGAAAGUUGUGAAGUGAGUCGUUGGGACCUGCAGGGAGGCUGGCUUCCUUUGGUUGAGCUAUGUGGCACGACUGGCCAGGAGGGGGGAGCCAUCGGUGCGAUACAACAAGCUGAUUGUUAUCCGGCUUCUUCAGUCGUGCUUGGGAGACACAGCAAUGCGAGUAUUUCGCAGGUAACUGAUGGUUGAUCCAACGUGUCUAAACUGCUGAUUGGUCCAUUGUGACGUGACCUUUUCAUGAUGAGGCCAGCCUGUGAACAGUGGUGCUAUUGACCUCCAGUAGCAGCAGUAACCAAACAGCAUUCCACCCACAGAAGGAGGGUAAUUGCAGCAGUUUGGAAGAUUAUCAUCGCUAACCAUCACUAAUGCCGAAAAAGGUCUGCUGUUCUCAAUCUGUCCACUCACUCUAAUUGGGAGUGAUAGCUUCUUUGGAUGCAUAUUGUCUGUUUGCUUCUGUGCCUUGGCCUGGGUGUGGCAUCUGCUGUGCAGCAGAAAGACCAUGUGGCCCAAAAUGUCGUCAAACAAUAUCGCAGAAGUGUGGACAUACAACCAAAAAGCUGGUUGGCCGCCAACUGCAAGUGGUUGAGUAAGCUUCUACGCCAAAAAAAUGUGGUUGUCAAUCAGCUGGGAAACACUGCAUCUGCUAUUGAGAGAGACCAAACACUUUCAGAAUCUGAGCGUAACUUUCAGGUGCACACAAUACAAGUUUUGCAGACAGAGUUGAAUGAGAGCGAGCAAAUGGUAUUCCAGGCUCUGCACAGCCUGCAAAGGUCAUUGCAGGGAGACUACAAGGAUGUGGUCAAGAUUAGGCAAAGCAGCAAACAGAGGUUGGAGUCCCUGAGGAAGGCAGCAAUACAGGAGGAGCAGGAGUAUGUUGAACUGGUGGCUGCAGAAAAGCACCAGCAGGAGGCUGUAAAGAGUGUCCUUGCCCGAAAUAAGACUAUGUCCAUGGUUGAUGAAAUCCUGGAAGAUGUGAGGAAGGCAGCAGACCGACUGGAAGAGGACAUUGAGGAACAUGCCUUUGACAAUAACAAAAAGAUGCAAGGAGUGAAUGUCGAAGCAGUGCUUAGAGUGGAUGACGAUGAGGAAAAUGGAGGCAAGAGAAAGAAUAGAUCAAAUCAAAGGAAAGUGGAAAGUGACCUGGGCCUGAGCAUGCUCAUUGACUCUCAAAACAAUCAAUAUGUGCUGACCAAACCCAGAGAUUCCACAAUUCCAAGAGCAGACCCUCAUUUUAUCAAGGAUUUGGUGUCUGUGGUGAUGUUGUCACUACCCUGUGGCUGGACAUGCAGUCUGGUGGGCCUGCCUCCCAUGUUUGGAUACAUCAUAUGUGGAGUCCUGCUUGGACCAUCUGGUUUCAACAGCAUUAAAUCGAUGGUCCAAGUGGAGACUUUGGGAGAAUUGGGGGUGUUCUUUACUCUCUUUGUGGUAGGACUUGAGUUCUCACCUGAGCGUCUUCGAAAGGUAUGGAAAACGUCCGUGCAGGGUUCCUGCUACCUGUGCCUGCUCAUGGUUGUCAGCGGUUUGUUAUGGGGACAAGUGCUAAACAUUCAACCCAUCCAAACGGUCUUCAUAGCCACGUGUCUCUCCCUAUCCAGCACCCCAUUAGUGUCUCGUUUCUUAGCAGGGGCGAGCAGAGGGGAGAAAGAAGGUGAGCUCGACUACAGCAGUGUACUCCUCGGGACUUUAGUGAUGCAAGAUGUUCAACUUGGCCUAUUCAUAGCUGUCAUGCCAACGAUGAUCCAAGCUCAAAGUGGAGACACUGAAAGCUUCCUGCUUGAAAGUGUUCGUGUGCUGUCUCUCCUGGGGCGUGUCCUGGCAUCACUGGGUGCCGUCAUGCUCCUCUGUCUUUUGCUCAAAUCGUAUGUGGUUGGCCCCUUUUACAAGAAAUUGCAUGCGGAGAACAAAGGCAACAAGGAGAUCCUGGUGCUGGGGAUUGCAGCUUUUGUUUUUUUCAUGCUAACGGUAACAGAGUUACUGGAUGUUUCAAUGGAGUUAGGCUGUUUCCUGGCUGGAGCUUUGCUGUCCUCUCAGGGUCAUAUGGUCACUGCAGAGAUCAUGGGAUGCUUUGAGCCAAUUCAAGAUUUCCUCGCCAUCAUCUUCUUCGCCUCAAUUGGUCUCCACGUGUUCCCUACGUUUGUACUGUAUGAACUCACCAUUCUAGUGGCACUCACACUCACACUUGUCAUAUUGAAGUUCAUACUGGCAGUGCUGGUGUUAUAUGUCAUCUUGCCACCCAGCUCUCGUCACAUUCGUUGGAUCGUCUCAGCUGGUCUGGCUCAAGUCAGCGAGUUCUCCUUUGUCCUCAGCAGCCGUGCACGUCGUGCCGGCAUCAUCUCUAGAGAGGUGUACCUGCUUGUUCUCAGUGUCAGCACCCUCAGCUUGCUAUUGGCACCAGUCCUGUGGAGAGUGACUACAUACAAAUGGAUGCCACGAAGAACUGUCACGUGACCAUACUCUUUCAUGACCACAUUAUGUUACUGGGAGGUAACAUAGCAUCAGGAAUUUGUAUUAUCCGCUUGGCAGCACAGGCAUUUUUUUUUUUUUUUUUUCGAUCCCAUCAAGUAAGGUUGGUGUUCUGCCAAAAUAGCUCUAGGGUGUAGUAAUAACAUCCACCUCCAAACUGCUACAAUUUCCUUCCAACAUGUGCCUCUUCUGUUGUUAGGGUAGUGGCACAUUCAACUAUGACAAAAAAAACUCAUCCUUAUGAAAUGCAAUGAAUGUUAACAUGUUUUACUGUUACAGCUGUGGUUGGACCCAUCAUAUUUAAAUACAUACUACUGCAACAGAUAAGAAAGUCAUCUGAUUCUCACAACAAUAGACAUACAACUUUUUUAAUCUGAAAGCACAAAAAAACAUCAGUUUCAAUGUUUUUACUCAACACAAUAACGUGAUGGGGGACUACGUAAAACGUUUAAAUGUUUUGAACACUAAAAAAAUGGAAACAUUAGUGUGCGGUAUUAGUUUAAGCAGAUUUUGUAAUAUCAAUUUUUUGUUGUUGUUUUUUUUAAAUUGUCGUUUUACGUAUGUACGAUUCCAUGUACAGUACUUUAACAUGUUUUAACUUAAUUAUUCUUUCAAAUUUAAUUUUGUACAAUGAAAAACUUAUCAUCUUGCACUAAUUACCAUUGUGUUCCAAACUACCUGCUUAACGUGCUGAUCUGUAUACAUACUGUGGCAUUAUGUACAGUGAAUUGAAAUCAAAGGUUUACAUACAGACAUACGUACAUACUUUUUAUCACUGCUGUUUAAUGUGAAAUUUGACUAAACUUGAUUCUUGUAGGUCACUUAGGAUUACCCAAAUUAUUUUCCUUUUGUAAAAUGUCAGAAUAUUGAAGGACGGAUUUUCUUUUAAAUUGCACGGUUUGAAAGACUUGUAGCUCUUAAAAGAAAAACGUUGUAAUUAGUUAAAACAAUUUGAAAUUGAAACCCCUCUUGGUGUUUUUAUUUUUUUACAAUUUGUUAAAUUAGUUUAACUAGUAGGUUGCCAUUGUUGUUGACGUCGCAGGGCGGUGAUGUCACAUGGUUACGCAGCCGGGCUUCCAGAGUAUAACUCCAGACAUGCCAUCUGUAAAACCCUUUCAAUUUGAACCCGAGAGGAACAUUAAUAAGCAUGACGGCACUGUUGAUAUUUCGCAAAACGAGCAGCAAAAGCAAAAUGAACAGGAAAGACGGGAUAAGACGUGACGAUAGUAACAACAAAAAAAAACUGUUCAGGAAAUACGGGAUAGACGUGGUGACAGUAGCAAAAAAAAAAAAAAAACUGUUUUCUAGCAAAAUGUGCUACACCUGCGAAACGUUCUACAAGAGGUGAAUUCCAAAGUUGAAAGCGCAUGGUAGUCCAUGCGCUUUCAACUUGUUUUGUUUAGAUGCAUGCAGACAGAACAUAUUAAAGGUGCCUUAAGAAAAUACUUAAACGUAGUAAUAUCAAAUAAGGGUGGUUUAAAUAUGCUACGUGACUAAUGUGGUGAACAGAUCAACAAUCUGCUUUAAAGCUACCACAAGAAAACACUAUGCUUAAAGGUAUUAGAGGGAAACGCAUGCAAAAAGUGUUUUGAGGCAAUGAAAAGGUAAUAAAGGACUAAAUAAAAACACAAAUAGUAAGUGCUCGCCACUUUUAACCGAUGAGCGCAUGUGUUGGACGUUUCGCCGCGUAGAAGGAAAUUACAGUAACCCGGUAGUAUUCGUCGAGUGACGGUGACAAUCUACAUCAUCACCCCGAGCGCCCAUUAAACAUGGCGCCUUCCGUAGGUCAAAACAUGUACCAAAUAUUAUAGUUUUUAAAUCAAUGGCAAUAUUUUAUGUGUUUCCAAUAACAUAUUUUAGUAAAAGAGAAUAAUUGUGGCUUAUUAGAGUCUACAAGUCUUUAAGUCCGAGGUUCCCUUUAAAGACUUGUACGCUGCUUGAUGAGGUGACAUCAUUAUAAAAUCAAAAUUCAGCCAAGAAAUUGAAGGGAAAUAUGGUCUUUAAUCAGUCUGGCUCAUUCUCAAGUGCAAUAUCUAGAUGCCUCAAGGUGCCACAGUGUGAGCACUUUGUUAAAAUGCUAGUAAAAGUUUUGUUAUCACGCAGAGUCAAACAAGGCUUUAAAGGGCACCUUGUUUGUAGUAAAAUGGUGGAUAAAGGGUGCUCUUAUACGACACUGCCGAAGAUGGGGUCUUAAGUUUUGGCUGCUUGAUUUCCGGUCCAGUCCACAAGCGUGCAAGGAACUGGCUGGCAGAUACACAGCUCAGCUGACGUGACAUGGGCGUCAAAAACUUUACUUUGCACAUUGUAUUUUGCAGUACUUUAAUUUUCAAUGUUAUUUAUACCCUAUUUGUAAAAUAUUACUUUCUCUGCUGAUUUUUGGGGGGAAUAUUGGUACCAUUGAAUAUCUAUACCUUUUUCCAGAUUUAAGUUGUUCAAGUGUGAAGAGAGACACGGGGUGAACAGGCCUUUCAAAUGGACCUGAAGCAUACAGCCAAACUGGUUACAAAAUGUAUUAAAUAUAAUAAAGUCACAAACUCUUAACCCUAUUGAAUAUUUAUGGGCAUACUUGAAAACAUUAUGUGUGACCUAAAUGACCUUCAAACUUGUCUCAAUUACACAAGUUACAUUAGGUUGAAUAGGCCAAAAAUUCAGGCCAACUAAUGUAAGAAGCUUUUGCAAGGAUAUUAAAAUGUUUGACUCAAUUCAAACAUUUUUAUUUUAACCAAAUACUCAUAAAAGUAUCUACUGUAAGUAUCUGACUUUAAUGAAAGUAUUGGGCGAAAAAUCAGUCCUCAUUAUUCCUUCAUUUGACAAAUAGAAAUAAUUUAGUUAAUCCCUAAUUUAAAAAUCAAAUGUUGGACUGUGUGGGGGAUCUACUGGAGGUCUCAGUCUUCAUAUAUGAUUGUACUGUAUUGAAUGUAAUGAACUUGGUUGUUUCUAAUGUACAAACUGUAAUGCAGUACUGUAUAAUACGGUUGGCAGCAUUCUUUUGGAAAGAGAUUCUUUGUGGGUUUUGAUGUUUAUUUAUUAAACCAAUAGAAAAACAACAUUUAUUGUAUUUGUUUCAGUGGGCAGUGGCGUUUUUACCUUUUUUCUACACUAUGUGCACACUGAUUAGGCAACUUAUACGUUUGAUGAUUAACUAUGUUAGAGUACAACCACUCUUGGUCAGUCCAAAAUGUUAACAAACCAAACAAUUUUCAACAUUUAAGUAAUCGAAGUUUGGCUUUUUUAAGAAAAUACCUUUUAUGUGCAAAGUUAUUAGGCAACUAUUAUGAGUGUGGAGGAUUAUUAUACAACUGAAUGAAACACAAAUACUUUUCCAUCUGUUUUUUUUUUUUUUCCACUGGUUGAAGUGAAAAUAACUCAAAAUUGAAAAAUAGCAACAAAAAACUAAACAAAAACAGCCAAGAUAACCACUUUUUUUUUUUCUAACCACCUUUUUUGGGAGUAGGAAGCUUGUUACUGUACAGGGUUCCCAUUCACAGACUCUGUCAGUUACUUGAACUCGUCAGACACUGCUCUGAAAAGUUCUGAGAAGUGCAAUUUCUAAAUGCACUGUAAAUUUCCUGCUUAACCCCUUGAUGCCUGAAUUUACAUUUCCUACCCAUGCGGGUACCCCCCUCCACCUUGUUCUCAUCUGAGUCAAGGUAGAGCUUUGUGUCCAUUCUGAUCCAAUCGCGGGCCCAUCUACCCAGUCAGACAAGUGUCAACCUCAUAAGUCCACAGACUAUUUGAACAAUAAUGUCUGUUGAUAUUUGUAGAAUACAAUAGAACUUUAUUGUCAUUGUCAGCAAGAACGUUGUCAACGAAAUUCGACAUGGCACUCCUGUAUAAAAAUAUGUAUUCCAUUCUUGGUAUUUCUCAUGUUAACUUGUGUAUUGUUU